GUUAUCAAACGGGGCAGCUCCUAAUCGGCCAAGAGACUGUGAACCUAAGGGGCUGCCAGUGACUUCGGGCUUCUAAUCAUGGCUUUCCACAGGCACACAGGGCCUGGCAGUUACACCGUGGGCACCAUGUCGGAGCGCUUUGACUGCCACUACUGCCGUGACCCCCUGCACGGGAAGAAGUACGUGCAGAAAGAGGGCCGCCACUGCUGCGUCAAGUGCUUCGAGAAGAUCUGUGCCAACACCUGCAUUGAGUGCAAGAAACCCAUUGGAGCGGACUCCAAGGAGCUGCAUUUCAAGAACCGUUACUGGCAUGACAGCUGCUUCCGCUGCUUCAAGUGCUACACGUCUUUGGUCAACGAGCCCUUCAUGCUGAGGGAGAACAACAAGGUCUGGUGUAGCAACUGCACUGCCACGGAGGACGCGCCCAGGUGUAAGGGCUGCUUCAAGCCUAUAAUCGCAGGAGACCAAAAUGUUGAGUACAAGAAGAUGGUCUGGCAUAAGGACUGUUUCACUUGCAGCCAGUGCAAGACAGUGAUUGGAUCUGGGAGCUUCUUCCCCAAGGGUGAUGACUUCUACUGUGUCUCCUGCCAUGAGCAUAAGUUUGCCAAGACCUGUGCUAAAUGCAAGAACCCCAUCACUUCUGGAGGCCUCACUUACCAGGAGCAGCCUUGGCAUUCAGAGUGUUUCAUUUGCUCCAACUGCAAGAAGCAACUGGGUGGGAAGCGCUUCACAGCUGUAGAGGAUCAGUUUUACUGCGUUGACUGCUACAAGGAGUGCGUUGCCAAGAAGUGCGCUGGCUGCAAGAAUCCUAUUACAGCAGGAUUUGGAAGAGGAACCAGUGUGGUUAACUACGAAGAUGAGUCCUGGCACGAUUAUUGUUUCAAAUGCACAAAGUGUGCCCGUGGUCUGGCCAACAAGCGCUUUGUUUGCCAUAAUGGAAAAAUUUACUGUGCUGAUUGUCCCAAACGACUGUAA